GCAGUGCGGGAGCCAGGGAUUUCUCCCUCCCCACUGACAGCCCGUCGCGGACACGCCCCCCGGACGGAACGCGCUUUCACAGCUCCCCAGCGGCAGAGGUCGCUGCAGGGAGCGGAUCCGGUCCGGCGUUCCGGAAACGGGUCCGGUCCGGCUUUCACUGAAUCGCGGAAAAUACUAGGUUACAUGACAAUUACUGCAACACGCCAUCAGUACACACAGGUGCGGGGAACGCCCACUCUCCUCUGGCUGCUAAUCAGACUUUCCCGCAAGUACACACUGCCGGGUCUGUGGCUGCCCUGCGCCAUGCUGGGAGGGUUGAGCAGGGCGCUGAUUGGCCGGAUCUUAGCAACCAUCGUUUCUAUAGUCAACAAAUGGCCACGUAUGGAUCAGCCGGCGGAUGCAGCAGCAGCAGAUGUGCAAUAAGAACAUUUUGGGCAGCAAAAAAUGAGCACUAGAAAAAUGUCUUCUAAUAUGGAUACAGCUGCUCUAGUUUCAUCAUCGGUGUGGCUGCAGUCUCUCGGACUCAGAAAGAAGAAACUUACGCUACCCAAGAUUCUGGCACAGCUCGGUUUUCCGCUGAAGGAAGAUUAUGUAAACAAACUAGGACGUCCUGUGUCCUCCCGGUAUUCUCAUGGACUUUUCCGGCAGUAUAACAUCAAUGGUAAAAUAUAUAAUUUAACAGCUAAAAGAGAAGAAGUUUUACAGAAAGUGGAAUCUGUUAAAAACAUCAUUGGAUUGUAUAAUCAAAGACUGGAUUGGCUGAAGAGUUCAAGUCGAUCAGUAUUUGGGGUGAUCCAGGAACAAUCUAUAGUCAUUAUUCUAGACCUUAAUUCUGUUACCAAAGUACAACAUGAUAUAUGCAAGGACGCCAUAUGUCUUGUUAUGAGAGAACAAGUGGCACACAUUUCUAAGUUCAACCUAAUUUGGGUUUCACAGGAGCCAAUAAAGUGGCAGCAAAAAGUUUUCCAUGUAACUGAGCAUUCCAUAGAAGAAGCUGCGGAGUGGAUUUGGAGCCUUCAGCACUCCCCAGUGGCCAAUGUGGAAAGUGCAGCUGAAGCUGUGUCAGAAGCUCUGAAUCACCAGGUAGAAGCUAUUUACUACUUUUCUGUGGGAGAUGUUCCUGUGGAGAAGAUACAGAAAGUAGUGCAGCGUACAGAAAACAGUCAAUGUCCACUUCAUGUUGUGUGCUAUGACCCCCUUCAAAUGGAAACUGUGAAAUUGCUGAGAGAUUUAAGUCUUCAAACAUCAGCAAGGUUUCAUGUGUAUUCAGAGAAGGAUAAACAGAAGGGCGCAGUGAUGACACAAGAUAGUGAAUAUCCAGAUAUACCAAAAGCUGCAACAGAGGAGCAGCUCUCAGAAUGUGACCUGAUGAAAGAUGAACUUAUGAUUAUAAAGGAGAUGAAUGAAGCAAAGGAGACUCUGAGGCAGCUGCAGGAUAUUGUGCAGACAUUGUAUCCCUCAGACGAUGAAAAUGACAACCUUCGUAUGUUAGAAGACACUUCUGAGGAUUGUGUUAGCUCGAAGGAAUGGCUGAAGAAGUUUGGCUUGAAACCACAGAAGCUGCUGUUUUAUGAUGCACUUGCAGACUGUGCCUUUCGCCAUAGUGAUGGAGUUGUGGAUAUAAAGACCAAACCAGAAGAUGAAUCUGUGCAAACUGAUGCAGAGAACAACUUGAAAUUGAUCAAUGCCAAAUACUGUGACCGCUUUGUCCAUGUGCUUUGGAAAGAUGGCUCUGUGGUGCACGUGCAUAUCAGUAAGGAAAAGUGCCGGUGGUAUGAGGAAAGAAUGAAGGCUACGCUAGAGAAAAUGGAAAGGAGGGUUACAUGGCUUCAGAAAGGAAGUAGAGAGUUGUUUGGUACAAUCCUUGAAGAUCAAGUCUAUUUGCUCAUUGACACAUCACACUCCAUGAAAGACAAGCUGUUUUUGGUAAAGGAAAAAAUAUUUCAACUUAUGCAGGAGCAACUUAAACCAAAGAAGAUGUUCAACUUUGUAAAGUUUGAUUCUAAAGUAGAGGCUUGGAAGUCGAAGUUAGCAGAGGUUAAUGAGGAAAACAUGAAGGAAGCAUGGUUUUGGGUUAAAGAACUUCAGGUUGGCAGCUCAACAAACACCCUGAAGGCUCUCCAGGUUGCACUGUCUGAUAUUAAUACCGAGGCAGUUUACCUACUUACAGAUGGACGCCCUGAUCAGCCCAGUGAAACAAUACUUGCUCAUGUUAAUAUCCUAAAGCAAAUUCCAGUACACACAAUUGCAUUCAACUGUGAUGACACAGAGGCAAAUAGCUUCUUGCAUCAGCUCUCCAGUAAGACAGGUGGCCGUUUCCACUCUUACUACAGUUAUCUUCGGGACCCUGAUGCCCCUCAACCCUUUAUGAGCGAAGACAUUCAGUUACUUUUAAAUGAGAUCGAAGAAGGAAAAUCUAACUUGGAGAAGAUCAAAAAGCUUCACAGUGAAUGUUUGAUGUUAGACUGGUACCACAACGGAGACACGGAUCUUUCACACAGUUUUAGGUCACUUGAGACCCAAAGCCAGAAAUCUCUAUCAAGUUUGCAGCUUACACAGGAGCUCAAAUCGUCUGCACAGUUCCUGCACAGAUCACGUUUAAGUCCACCCAGCCUACUCCGGAGGAAGAAAGCUCGGCACGCAGAGCAUACAAGGUCUAGCCUCCUCAGAGCACUGAGCCAUGGUGUUAGAUUGUCUGAGAGUAUAACACACCUGGACAUGCCCACAGAGACUAGAGAGCUGUUUCUCAUCAACGAUAUGAAAACAAUUUCUGUCCUUAAAGAUUUGAACCUUAUAGAUGGCAUGAAAGUGAAAGAAAAACCUAAGAAGUUACCAAAAAAUUCUCUGGACAUUUCCUCAUCUCGCUGGCUGAAGACACAUGGGUUAGCUGCGAGGAGACUUACCAUAAUGGACGCUCUGGCGCCUACAACUGUUCCACACACUGCUAAAUAUAUCCCAGUUCUCGACAAGCAUGUCCUUUCUAAAGUGUUUGAUGAGGUGUUCCCCUUGGCUCAUGUAAGUGGAAACAGGAAAUUUAUCACAUUAAUUAAUCCCAAAGCUGUGAAUCUUACAGACUACAAAGAGAAGCUUGAGCAAGCAAUUAAGUCGUAUGAAAGGCGCCUUAAUCUAGUUGUGUGGAGGGCUUUAUCACAGGAAGAAAGAGACAAGUUUGACAGUGAUGUUCCAGUAUCAUACAUGGAGUAUAAAGAAGCCCUGAUGCAAGCGUUAGAUAGGCUGGGGUGGCCUGUGUCACCUGAAGAUGUAAUGCUGCUGGAAGAUCAAAUUCUAGCUGGGAAAACAUAUAUUCAACAGGCCUCCGAUCUACAGGAGGCCACCAAGAAAAAUUCACUACCAGACGAUUCAAAUGAACAGAAAAAUAAUGAAGAGAAUGAGAAGAAAAAUAUUAAUACUAAGACAAAAAGAAAAAUAUUGGACACACUGAGAAGUCAAAAAGUCAUCGCAAGGUCUGAAAUUGAUGGUUUUUAUUACCCAGGAACUGUGCUGAGAAGUAUUAAUGCUAAGUCUGCUCUAGUGGAUUUCUGGCUAGGAGAGAAUCAGAUUGUUCCCAUCAGAUUUAUAAUACAAACUGGAGGAGCUCUGCCUUGCCCAACCCUAAAGGUUGGAGAUUGUGUUUUCUCAAAAACUGGGGCGAGAGGAGGAGGAGGAGGUUGUUAUGUCCCUGCAGUGGUCAUAGCAACACCAAGGACUGAAGCAGCGGAUAAAUUGUACACUGUUAUGAAGUACAACAAUAGAAAAGAACAUUGUUUAAGGAGCGAGCUCAUUAAAAUUAGCCCGUCACAAUUUGCUUUUUCCUGUGGCUACAUAAGAAAAGCUCAGAUGAUUGACUAUACCAUCCCUAAUGUCCAGUUCGUUAAACCCCUUCUAAAACCAAGUCCACCAAAAGAGAGAGAGAAUAUAUCUGUACCAAGUGGAAUAAGACCAUCGAUGAAUCAACGCGUAAAAUCCAGAACUCCGAGUGAUAAUGACUCUUCUGCUAGCACGGACAUCGUAGAUCAAGGCAGACAGUCUCCAAGGAAAAACAUUAGCAAGAAGCUGGAAGAUUUAGGCCUACAGAUUGCCCAACACCAAAAAGAACAAAAAGAGAAACAAGAGGUGAUACAGGAAUACCUUAAAAAACUAACAGAAGUCGCUUCUCAAGACAAAUGUAAAUUAGACGAGGAAGAAAGAGACCUUGAAAAUCAGAAAAUUGAUCUACUAGAGCAGCUGAAAAUACUGAUACCUGUUAGCAGCAAGCAAAGUGAGAGUGAAGUGGGCCCAAUCGCGAAUGAGGAACACACACUUCUCCCAGGAUUAAAGGUGUUGUCUGCCUGCUCUCACAAUGGAUGGUAUGAAGAAGGAGCUAUUAUCCAUGACUUUGAUAAUCUUACCUAUUUGGUCGAAAGAACCUCCGGAGAGUUGGCAAGGGUCCGAAGGGAGGAAAUACUGAGUGAUGCUGAUGACUACAGAAAGGAGAUAAAGGCCGGCGACCAUGUUAUCGGAGCUCAUCCACUGCAUCCUGGGAGUUAUUGUCCAGGGGUUGUAUUAAACUGUACCUCAGAUCUCAAAGUGAUGAUACGAUACUAUGACAAUACAGAAGCUUUGACUCCAAGGGAACAUGUUUACUUGAUAAGCCCAGAGAAGUAUGAGAGAGAUACUGCAUACAUCUUGGCAUGUGAAGAGCGAUGGGUCGGGCAGCCAGUUGUUGCUAGGAAUAAUGAAACAGGAUCAUUUCAUCUUGCUGAAGUACAGAAGCGGACUGAUGAUGGGGCAAAGUAUGUCAUCUCCUGGGCAGAUGGUAGCACAGCGAUACAAGAUAUUGAGUGGAUUUUUGGGAAGUUCAGCAAGCCCCAUGUUCUCAAUGUCGGUGACCACAUCUUGACUUUAGCAUACCCAUCUUCACUGACGUUCUUACCCGGUCUGAUAACUGCUCUCAGUGGUACAAAGUUACAGACGUUAUUUUGUGAUGGACAAAGGCGUGAAAACGUGGAACCACAUCACUGUUUUGGCCUUUCUGAGCAGAAGUAUAGCAGUGCUGUGCAAUUCUACCUGCAGCAGAAGCAGACAAGGGAGUCAGAUGAAGAUCAUACAUCCUCAGAGGAUGAAGACUCACUCUCCAGUAUCUCCUCUUUUACAGUAUCCUCUAUUGAGUCAGAUAAGAAAGCUGUCAGGUGAAUAAUUAGAGGUAUAUGAGGCAUAUAACUCUGGAGCCCUCUGUCUCAGGGGUCAUGUUUUAUUACAGUAUAAUAAGUAUUUUAUUGCUUGCUUAGAAAACAGCAGCUUUCCAUAUUAAGGUCUCAUUCAUGUAUAUGCACUGAGGAAACUAUUGCAUGGUUUAGACAGAUUUUCUUGAUAUGUUUUGUAUGUUUUCCGAGCGCUUUUCAUGUGUUGCACAGUACAUUAUAUAUUACUAGCUGUAAGUGCUCCCUCCUGGAUGAAAAAUGGGUUCUGCAGAAAAAAUGCAAUGUUAACAUUUUAGACAAUACUUUUUGGAACUAACCAAUAUCAAACCAUUCACCCCAGCUUUUCAGGCUGUAUGUAGAAGCUGCACAGCUGGUUACCAGUGGAUAGGUGUGAACAAGUCCUUAGAGUACAUUCAUACAUGAACUUUAUAUGUAUAAAUGCUGCAAAAUAAUUGUUGCUAUAUAUGUUAGAUAAAGUUUUCCUGCAUUCACUGUGACCACAAUAUGUUGUUAACACUGAUAAA